AUGGCAAUUGUAAGAAAUAUCUUCCCAUUAGAGCUUCUCAACAAAAUAACAAAGCACUUGGACUUGUCUGCCCUGAAAAGGCUAAUGGGAAGCUCAGAAGUGCUCCAGAAGAUCAUAGAGAGGGAUCCAGUCAUAUGGAAGCAGCACUUAAAAAACAAAGAAACGGUGUGCUCUAAUGGGAACUACUUGGCUGCCGUACGGAGUGAGUGCAUUCUCACGCAGAACUGGAUGCGAAACAUUGGGAACCAGAUAAAUCCGGUUGUGCACAUGCCAAAUGUUGAAAUAACGAAAAUAACUGUGUAUGGGGACAUCGUUGUAAUAUCCAGCAACUCCACGUGCGUGUACGUUGUGGACAAGUCUUUGAACCACAUCCGCACGCUGAACAAGCACAAAGGAUGCGUCUGGACGUUUGAGUACGUGAAUAACGUCCUUGUGACGGGAAGCACCGACAGAACGGCCAAGAUCUGGGAUGUUUUCCUGGGGGUCUGCAUAAAGACGCUGGCGGAGCACACGUCCACGGUGCGGACGCUUUUGAUCGCUGAAGAGUACGUUAUAACAGGAUCCAGAGACUCGACGAUUCGCGUGUGGUGCAUGAAAACAGGUGCAUGCAAGCACGUGCUGGCGGGGCACACGGGAAGCAUCCGGGACUUGGCGCGCGUCCCUGGGAAGCCGUACAUUAUCUCCGGGUCGUACGACGGAAGCUCGAUUCUGUGGAACUACAAGACGGGGGAGGGCAUAAAAGUGCUGAUAAAACUCCCCAGGCGAGUGUACAAGGUGGUUUCCAUGGGGAAGCUAGUCGCCAUUGCAGGAAUGGACCACUGCCUGCACGUUGUGACUCUCGAGGGAAAACACGUUUUCAGCGGGUGCUCGCAGAACGGGACUAUCUUCCAGAUAAAAACAGACAGCGAAGGACACGUCUACACAUUCACUGUGGCAGGCAUUUUUUCGAAGUGGAGCGUAAAAAGCGCCCAGCAGAUAUACCAAGUAGAAACCAACGUAAAAGGCGUAGACAUGUACAUCAUAAAUCAUUUGGUGGUUGUUGGGCUUGGGAAUAAAAUUGACCUGUUUUGCAAGGACACGGGGAGAUUUAUUAGAACACUUGCAAUUAUGGACAUGCUCUACAGCAUGUAUUGCGACAAUAACAUGAUGGUCUAUGGGUACAAGGACAAUAGAGUCUCAAAAGUUGCUGCGAUUAGGUUCAAUUUGCCUUAG